AUGUUACGUGCAUCUUUUGGUAUACCGUUUGUUAGAGCUUGUAGCUCAUUGAGUAGAUCUCAACUAGCUGGAGCUAGUAGUAUACUGCAAAGAGCUUCUUUAUUUCCAAUGGCUAGAAGCCUUUUGAACUCUAGUAAUUUGAUUACUCCUGCUUUUACAAGAGGUUUUAAAGUUAAAACUGCUGUUAAAAAAUUUUGCAGUGAUUGUUACAUAGUGAGACGUAAAGGCAGGGUAUACGUUUACUGUAAGUCGAACAAGAAACACAAGCAACGCCAAGGUUAG